AUGAAAAUGGCGACUACUCUGCAACUGACGACGGACUUCUCCAAACCAAUAAUUGUGGUGAAACCCUCUCUUGAAUUCGCAAGCACUCCUCGUCAUUGCCGAACCUCUCUAUCUCUGCCUCGCUUCAAUAAUAUUGCUAGAGCUUCCUCUUCCUCGUCUGAUUCUUCGCUGGUGAGUCGCAGACAUUUUGUUUCCGAGACUGCGGCGCUGUCUCUGACCCUCACUACUCUGCCGUUGUUUGGAUCCGUACAACCGGCCAAGUCGGAAGAGUCCGCCCUUUCCGAGUGGGAGAAAGUGUCCCUUCCUAUCGACCCCGGCGUCGUCCUUCUAGACAUUGCUUUUGUGCCCGAGGACCCUAAGCACGGUUUUCUUUUGGGGACCAGGCAAACCAUUUUAGAGACAAAGGAUGGUGGAGACACUUGGGUUCCACGUUCAAUUCCGUCAGCUGAAGACGAAGAUUUCAACUACAGAUUCAAUUCCAUUAGCUUCAAAGGGAAGGAGGGUUGGAUUGUUGGAAAACCUGCAAUUUUGUUGCACACUUCUGAUUCUGGAAACAGCUGGGAAAGGAUACCGCUAAGCUCUCAGCUUCCUGGAGAUAUGGUUUAUAUAAAGGCAACUGGUGAGAAGAGUGCAGAGAUGGUGACUGACGAAGGUGCAAUUUAUAUUACAUCAAAUAGAGGCUACAACUGGAAGGCUGCUGUUCAGGAGACUGUUUCAGCUACUCUUAAUAGAACAGUUUCUAGUGGCAUUAGCGGUGCAAGUUACUACACAGGAACUUUUAAUUCAGUGAACCGCUCACCUGAUGGAAACUAUGUGGCUGUCUCAAGCCGUGGUAACUUCUAUCUUGGGAGCCUUGGUGAGCUGGCUGUGCUCCCACGGCUCCCACGCAGCAAUUUCAUGUGGGAUAUGCACAAAGCACUCAUGUUAACUCCAUUCUGGCAGCCACAUAACAGAACGAUUGCAAGAAGAAUUCAAAACAUGGGUUGGAGAGCUGACGGUGGUCUUUGGCUUCUUGUUCGUGGAGGAGGACUUUAUCUGAGUAAAGGUACAGGGUUAACAGAGGAGUUUGAAGAAGUUCCAGUCCAAAGCCGGGGUUUUGGCAUUCUUGAUGUUGGGUACCGAUCAAAGGAUGAAGCUUGGGCAGCUGGGGGGAGUGGGAUUUUGUUGCGAACUACCAAUGGUGGCAAGACAUGGACCCGUGACAAAGCAGCUGACAACAUUGCAGCAAAUCUAUACUCUGUAAAGUUUAUCGAUGACACUACAGGAUUUGUGCUGGGAAACGAUGGGGUCUUGCUUCGGUAUCUUGGAUGA